UGGAGGAAUGUCGUCAGAAGUUGUAAAUAUAACCAUUCGAUUUGUGGGACUAAAUGAUAACCCACCUGUCAUCGUGAUUGGUGAUAAUGUCACUCAAUUUGUAGAGGGCACUACUACACUUGUGGAUAUCACUAACAACUCACUUGUCCUCAGUGAUGCUGACAGUGAUCAUUAUCAAAUGCACAAUGCUACUGUUCGUUUGGUUGUAAACAAUAUGGAAACUGUUACUAAUGAACAACUUUUAUCAACAGUAUCAUAUCCUGGGGUGACUGUUAGGUAUGAUGUUCCUUCUGCUACACUGACAUUUACAGGACGCGCAUCUGAGACAGCUUAUUCGUCGUUGCUGAAUGGAGUGAAAUAUAACAAUACAGCUGAAGACGUUGCCAACUCUGAAAUCCUUUUUCGACUAGCUGAAUUUGAGGUUUCUGAUGGGAAGUUUUCUUCUUCAGCUCGUGUAAGAAUUAAGUGGAUCAAUAUCAAUGAUGCUCCUGUUUUGACAAUUAAUGAGACGGCUCAUUUGUACUUGGAGGGAAGUGAACAACUACAGCUGGUACCUCUGAUCGUAAUCAGAGACAGUGACAAUAGGCAGUUAGAAGGGGCAACUAUUGUUCUUACUGGAGCAGAAGAUGGUGAUGCUAUUGAUGUGAUGCUACCUGCAGGAAUUAAUGCUGAACAAUUCGACUUAAGUGGGACACAUCGUUCCCUGGUUUUAAAUGGGACUGCAUCAGUUGGCACAUAUGAAGCAACAUUAAAAUCAGCAACCUAUGUGAAUCAUCGAUCACAACCAGCUUUGUUUGUCAGUAGUAUAAAGACAGUAAUUUUUGAAGUUAGUGAUGGUCAAAACGUCAGCAACAGGGUGAAAGUUGAGAUUAAGUUCUCGCCAGUCAACGAUCGUCCAAUACUACAGUUUCAACAGGAUGCUGAUCCUACAAAGUUUGCACCUGAAAAGAAUCGAACUGCUGCAACUGCAUAUGUUGAGGAAGGGGAUCCUGUUCAAAUUCUACCAGAGACUGCUACUCUCGUAGAUGUGGAUAGUGUGAAUGGGUCAGCAGCCAUGAUAGAGAUUACUGGAUUGCAGAAUGGGCUAUCAGAGCAAGUGAUGUGGAACAAAAGUUAUGCUGUUGGGUUUGGUAUUGAAGUGAAGAUUAAUUAUACUGCUGGGAAACUUACAAUAAAGAUUUGUUUUAAAUUUUUGUGGUGGAGGGUUGUCCUCAAAUUUUUCUUAAGUUUUACUUUUGUGAUCAAAGAAACAGUUGAACCUGUGGAAGGCAACAGGACAGCAGUUUUUACUGUGUUUGAUGACCAAGGUGCUACUAGUGACUCAGCCAUUGUGCACAUUGAUGUUCAACGGAGAAAUGAUAAUCCUCAGUUAGAUCUGGGGGCUGGCAUCAAUGCACUUGACAAUUUGACAUUCACAGAGAUACCAGAAGGUGAUCAUGGAACAGGCAUACACAUCAGCAACAAACCACACAGAAUUGAAAUUAGGGAUGAAGAGCAAGCUCGGCAUUAUAUAGCAGAGAUUACUGUGCAGCUGAAUGUUACCAACUGUUUCACUGGUUCUGAAGAGUAUGUUUAUUUACUUGGAGUUGUCAAUUCAGAUUUGCUUCAAUAUACUCCUACUAUUGAUGGUCGUGGAGCUAAAGCUAAGACUGUCAUUGUUCCUUCAAAUGAUGCUGAACGUCAAGCUGUGAAGCAAGAGUAUGAAGAAUUUUUGAAGUGUUUGCGAUAUAUAAAUUUGGACGAUGAACCUGUGCUUUAUUGCCCUAAAGAACUAAAUGUUGUUGUCGAAAGAUAUAUUGAAAUUACUGUUGUUGACAGUGGCACUCCACCUGGCAGUGUUACUGUUCGCUGUCCAUUGAUCAUUCAGCCUGUAAAUGAUAUGGCUCCAGUUGUAAUGGUUGAUGUGGAUGGAAAUUGUUUUGUGGACCCUGUACCAAGUGGUGCAGCAGCUUUGUUAAAUGCAGUUCAAGCAAGAAGGCGUCGAGAAGUAUCAACUGUGAAACAGCAGGCACCUGAUGUCUUGUCUAUUGAGGCAUUUGGGUACAUGGGUGAUUAUUUUUGUUCUGGUUUUACUGUGUCAGUCAAGUUCUCGCAAGAUACUAAUACACCAGUUGUUUUACGACCAUCUGACAUGAAACAAGUCUUGCAACUGCAUCCCCCGCUGUUGAAUAACCUUUCCCAUUUUGGUGUGUGGACGGACAAACAAACAUUGUUGAUCAUCUUCCCGACUGUGGAUGAGCCUAACAACGUUGAUUUCAGUGAAUUGAUGAUUAACUUUAUUGCUCAUGCAGCAAUGUACAACAGCAGUAGCACAGAUGUCUGUGAGUUUAGUGUGUGUCAAAUGAACGGUGGCUCUUUUGGUGUUGAAGGCUGGUUUAGCAUCCAGGGAAAGUUGCAAGAUAGUUCUGCCAAGACCCUUCACGACUCGGUUGCUGAUGAAUUAGAGCAGACUCGGUUGCAUGAUUGGGGUUUGCUCACAUUGGCACUCGCUUGCUUUGUGGUUGCUUUUGUUGCAGUUGUUGUUGCUGGUUUUAAGGGAAAGAGGCUUUAUGUGAAGGCUGGUAAAGCUUAAUUAAGUCUGUGUCAAGGUCAGAAGCGGCGAUAUAUAAGAAUGUUAGUACUGGUCGAGUUACUUUUCUUAGCUAAUUAUGUCAUACACACACAAAGCUUCACGAGUGAGUAGGGUAUUGUAGUGUCAAUGUCAGAAUUGAUGUUGUUGCUGCAUUAUAGUUCGCACUGUUGCAUUGGACAUGUUGCUUGAUCUUCUUAAAAUUAAUUUGUUGCUGUUACUUUUCUUGGUUUUUGCUGAUUUUGUGUGUGUCUUCAAGUUGUGUAGUGUAUCUUGAGUACUUAUAUCUAUCAUAUUGUAUCUAGAAUGGUUUGAACAG